CUCACUACUGGCAUUUCUGUUUUUCUAAUUUUCAUUUUUGUUUCUGAAGUUUUGGUAAAGUUAUACCUCAUUCGGCACUAAAUUUAAACUCAGUGACACAAUAUUUGAGAUUUAUAUAAAAUGUGCAUUGAUGCAUGCUUCUUAUAAUUAAAAUUUCAAUAUAAGCCUAAGAAUCUAUCUCAAUUUGUAAGAAUACGUUGCGGUCUCCGCGCUCUUUAAAUCAUUAUAUUAUAUUAAACAUAAAUCAUUCUAAUAUUUGAUUUUUUUGACGAAUUAAAUUUAAAAAUAAAUAUUGUAAAUAAUGAUUACAUAUGAGUUCAACCAUUUGUAGUGAAAGUAAAGUUGUUGUAAGUUGUAUUAAAUAUUAUACCUAUAUGUGAUAUUACAAAUAAUUUACUCGCUACCGACAAUGUCGUGUGAAAUAUUUAUUCGUCAAGCUCGAACUGAGGAUUUACAGCAACGCAUGGAGCUUGUAUGUCGGGCCUAUUCUGGAUAUUUUUGGGAUGCAUUUAUAUUUUUCUUCUUCCAGGAGGCCGCUGCUGUCCUGUUCAUCUUCUGUGGAAUAUCUGCUACAACAUGCCUGGUGCUUCUGCCAAUAGCUGCAGUAGUUGUGGCGGUGACCGUGGUAUGUGUCCACCAUGCACUUGCAUACAAACAGUCACAGAGUUUGCAUCAAGAGAUAAUUGGCAUUGUGGCAGAAGUGAGAGGAGGUCUUCUAUUGACCCCUAGAUCGGAAAGAGUGCCGAUUCACAUUCAACUGGUUGCAGAAAAACAUUCAGCUUAUUCUCAAGUUAUUGGUACCAUCAGUAUCUCAGAGUUCUGGGGUCCUAAUAACAGAGGCUGGCUGCAUGCGAUGGUUGUCCACCCCGAGUGGCGCGGGCGAGGAGUGGCGCGCGCGCUGGCGGGCGCGGCGCGGCGGGCGGCGGCGGCGCGCGGGCUCGAGGCGCUGGAGGCGGCGCUCAGCCACCUGCAGGCCGCCGCGCGCGCCGCGCUGCACGCCGCCGGGUGGGAGUGCCGCGCGGCGUACGAGCGCCCGCUGUGCGGUGCGGCGCUGACGCUUCCACUCGUGCGCCUCGGCGUGGACCUGCCGCUGGCGUGA